AUAGUUCUCAGCAUCAGUGUAGUUGAUCACUUUAUUCGUAUUCCUCAACGAAUGGUGUUGGUGUCUAUGAUUUCAAUAUUAUAACGGCAAUUCAGUUUUUGAAUAGAAUCCACAAGUUUCCGUUAGUGUGUCGUACUCUUAGUCAUUAAAAAAUAAUAUUGUCUUUGUUUAAAGAUGAAGUUUUUUGCGUUAACAUUUGCGCUAAUAUCUUUCUUUGUUGGUACUCUCGCAAAUGUCGAAACUGAAGAUGAGGUUCUGGUGCUGACGAAAGACAAUAUCGAUGAGGUUAUUAAGCAAAAUGAUUACGUACUUGUUGAAUUUUAUGCCCCAUGGUGUGGACACUGUAAAGCUCUGGCCCCCGAAUAUGCCAAAGCAGCAAAGAAAUUGAAAGAAAUGGGUUCUGAAAUAAAAUUAGCUAAAGUUGAUGCAACUGUAGAAACAGAUUUAGCAGAAAAGCAUCGUAUUGGUGGAUACCCAACCCUCCAAUUUUAUCGUAAAGGUCAUCUUAUUGAUUAUGGUGGUGAACGUAAAGCUGAUGAUAUUGUAAAUUGGGUGAUGCAAAAAGCUGGUCCGGCUGUUAAAGAAUUACCAACAGUCGAAGAAGCUAAAGCAUUUAUUGAAGCAAAGAAUGUUGCAAUUGUUGGAUUCUUUAAGGAUGCAGAAUCAGAUGGAGCAAAGGUAUUCUUAGAUGUUGGUAAUACACUUGAUGAUCAUGCAUUUGGUAUUAGUAGCAGCCAAGAAGUUUUUGAUGAAUAUGGAGUAGAAGAUGGCAAAGUUGUAUUAUUUAAGAAGUUUGACGAAGGCAAAAAUGAGUUUACUGAAGAACUUGAAUUUACUAAAUUACAAAACUUUAUUUCUGUAUACGCAUUACCUUUAGUUGUUGAUUUUAAUCAAAACACUGCUAAAAAAAUAUUUAAUGGUGAUAUUAAGAGUCAUUUGCUUGUCUUCCUAAGUAAAGAAGCUGGUCAUUUUGAUGAUUAUGUAGAAAAGAUCAAGGAACCAGCAAAGAAAUUCCGUGACGAGGUCUUGUUUGUAACUAUUAAUGCUGAUGAAGCUGAUCAUCAGCGUAUCUUAGAAUUCUUUGGUAUAAGCAAGAAUGAAGUACCUGCCAUGCGGAUUAUAAAACUUCAACGCGAUAUGGCUAAGUAUAAACCUGAAAAUCCUGAAAUCUCUAGCGAAAAUGUUUUGGAAUUUGUAACUGAUUUCAUUGAGGGCAAAUUAAAAAGACAUUUGCUCACACAAGAUUUACCUGAAGAUUGGGACAAGAACCCUGUAAAGGUUCUUGUUGGUACUAACUUUCAUGAAGUUGCAUUUGAUAAAAGCAAAAAUGUGUUAGUUGAGUUUUAUGCUCCAUGGUGUGGACACUGCCAGCAAUUAGCUCCUAUUUAUGAAGCGCUUGGAGAAAAAUACAAAGAUAAUGAAGACAUAGUCAUAGCCAAAAUGGAUGCCACGGCAAAUGAAUUGGAAGAUGUGUCAGUUGUUAGCUUCCCUACAAUUACUCUUUACAAAAAAGAAACUAAUGACGCCGUUGAUUACAAUGGUGAGAGAACACUUGAAGGACUUUCAAAAUUCAUUGAUUCUGAUGGGACUUAUGGUCAAGCUGCAAAAGAAGCUCAAGAAGAAGACGAAGACGAUGAUGUGCCAAGAAAGGAUGAAUUAUAAAACAUACAUCAUCAUAAACAGAUUUAAUAACUUUUUGCAUUUGCUGUUUAACAAACUUAUAGACCUUAACAGAUAUUAAUUUAUAGAAAAUCUUUUUAAUCAUUCAUCGUCGUUUUGUUACUCUUAAACUACAGUUUGUAAAUUAGUUUUUCAGUGUACAAUUAAUUAUUAAGGAUUUAUUUGCAGUUUUACAUAGGAUUUGUUUAUAUUGGAUGAUUUUAAUAGCUUGGCCGUGCUAUAACCCUGUUCCAAAUGACGAUAGAAAGAAUUAUGGAGUAAAAUGUUUUAUGAUAUAUACUUUUUUCUGUCUUCAUUUUGAACAGAGAGUGACCUGCUACUAAAAUCAUCUUGUGUGUAUGUAUGUAUGUAUGUACGAAACAUAUAUAUAUAUGAUAUAUAUAUGUAUAUAUAUAUAUGAACGCAUAUGCAUACGAUUGGCAUAAUACGAUUACGAUACAUGCUCCAUACGACUGAGUAUCUGAUGUGAUAAAUUGCAAAUAGUUGGAUAAAACAAUUUAUUUUAUAUGUGUUAUUUUACAUGUAUGUGCAAUACAAAAAUAACUUCUAUAUCAAAGUACAAUUUAGGAGCAGAGCAAUUGCGCCAUUCGUAUCGUACUUAUCAUUUUUUCGUGUAAUUUGUUUAUUCCAUGAAAAUUAAUAUCCGAAUACGAUAUCUAUAUCAUGUGAUGUUGGAUGCAUGAAGGUGAACUCGUGAAAAAUUAUUAAGCUAAGAUUCUCGUAAAAAAUGUGAAUCGUGUUUUAUUUUUAUAAGGAAAUUUUGUUUUUUAUUAAAUACUACGUACACAUAUACGCUCAUGCAACACA